AUGGCGUCCGUUUCAACUCCCUCCGAACUUGUUCAGUAUGGGCAGAAGUAUGUCACGAAGGGUCUAGGACACGGCUUAGAUGCUGUCGUGACGAAGGGUUCGGGCUCGUAUGUAACCCUGGAGAAUGGCCAGGAAAUGCUCGACUUUACAAGCGGCAUUGGGGUAACAAAUCUCGGCCACUCUCAUCCGAAGGUCAGCAAAGCAGCCGCUGAACAGUGCAUGAAUAUAGUUCACGUGCAGUGUAGCAUCGCCUGGCAUGCUCCAUACAUCGAACUCAUCAAAAGGCUUGUACCAUUGAUGCCGGAUCCCUCGCUUGAUUCAUUCUUCCUAUGGAAUUCCGGCUCCGAAGCUAUCGAGGCUGCAAUCAAAAUUGCGCGAACGGCUACCGGUCGUCAGAAUAUUAUUGCUAUGCAGGGCGGGUACCAUGGGCGCACAUUUGGCGCGAUGGCUGUGACAAAGAGCAAGACGGUUUACAGUGAAGGAGUCCUUCCUCUUAUGCCCGGCGUAUUUACGCUCCCCUAUCCCUUCUGGCAUCAAUGCGGCCGACCGUCCUCUACCUCCGCCAGCGAGCUCUCUGCACAUUGUCUCGAGCAGCUGCACCUCCUGCUCGUGCAGCAGAGCGCGCCGCGCGACACCGCUGCGAUCCUCAUCGAGCCGGUCCUGGGCGAGGGUGGAUACGUGCCUGCGCCGCCCGAAUUCCUGCGCGGCCUCCGCGAGGUGUGCGACAGGGAGGGCAUCAUGCUCAUCAUCGAUGAGGUGCAGUCAGGGUUUGGACGCACAGGCAAGAUGUUUGCGAUUGAGCACUCGGGUGUUAGGCCAGAUAUCAUGACUAUUGCUAAGGGCCUUGCGAAUGGCUUACCGCUGAGCGGUAUAAUUGCUCGAAAGGAGCUUACAGACAAGUUGAAGGUUGGCUCCAUGGGUGGAACGUAUGCUGGUAAUGCAGUCGCAUGUGCAGCGGCGGUAGCCGUUGCAGAUGCCUUCAAGGAGGAGAACGUUUUAGAAAACGUCAACGUCCGCUCCGAGGAACUCUUCGCAGCUUUGAAUAGUCUCCGCGCCGACCCAGCCCUCGCGCCUUACAUCCUCGAUAUUCGUGGUAAGGGCCUCAUGGUCGCGAUCGAGUUUGCUUCGCCCACUGGCACAGGCGCAUACGAUCGCUUCACGGUUUCGUCUGCACCGAAGAGCAUGGCCAAACGUGUGGCGAAGCGCUGCCAGGAGAAGGGCAUGCUCAUUCUGACUACGAGCGUGUACGAGGUGAUCCGAUUCAUCCCUGCGCUAAAUAUUUCGAAAGAGGACUUGGCGAAGGGCUGCCAGAUCUUUAAGGAGGCGGUUGAGGAAGUCGUGAGGGAGGGCUGA